CCCUGCCCGCAGUCUAGCGCGACUGCGCCUGCGCACAGGUGGGCGGGAAGGCGGGGCUAGGUUCUGGAGUAGAAGACUCUGACGUGCAGGCUGUGAUGUCACACCUGAACACAGACAGGCCCACAGGCUGAGGAACCGGAAGCUGUUCUGUGGGCAGGAAGAAGGUUGCUCAGGACCACCCCUUUCCCGGUUCGAGGGGAGUCAGCCGACGCGCGCGCACUGCGCAGACUCCUCGCUGCAGUGGGCGUGAUCCGUGGAGGUCCCGCCCCUACUCAGCUGCUCAGACAGAAGCUGGAGCCCCACCGAAGUAGCAGCCAACGUCUGACUGAAGGUGCCUGUUGAGGAGCCUGCGGGAGAACUGCCCUUGAAUGAAAUCGAGGCAUGGAAGGCAGCAGAGAAGAAAGCCCGCUGGGUCCUCCUGGUCCUGAUCCUGGCGGUAGUGGGCUUCGGUGCCCUGAUGACUCAGCUGUUUCUAUGGGAAUACGGGGACUUACAUCUAUUUGGACCAAAUCAGCGCCCAGCCCCCUGCUAUGACCCCUGCGAGGCGGUGCUGGUGGAGAGCAUUCCUGAGGGUCUGGAGUUUCCCAAUGCCACCACGAGCAACCCCUCCACUAGCCAGGCCUGGUUGGGCCUCCUUGCCGGUGCUCACAGCAGCCUGGACAUCGCAUCCUUCUACUGGACCCUCACAAAUAAUGACACCCACACGCAAGAGCCCUCUGCCCAGCAGGGUGAAGAGGUUCUUCAGCAGCUUCAGGCACUGGCACCUCGAGGUGUAAAGGUUCGCAUCGCUGUGAGCAAACCCAAUGGGCCUCUGGCUGAUCUGCAGUCUCUGCUACAGAGUGGUGCCCAGGUCCGCAUGGUGGACAUGCAGAAGCUGACUCAUGGUGUCCUGCACACCAAGUUCUGGGUGGUGGAUCAGACCCACUUCUACCUGGGCAGUGCCAACAUGGACUGGCGGUCGCUGACCCAGGUCAAGGAGCUGGGCGUGGUCAUGUACAACUGCAGCUGCCUCGCCCGGGACCUCACCAAGAUCUUUGAAGCCUAUUGGUUCCUGGGCCAGGCAGGUAGCUCCAUCCCAUCAACCUGGCCGCGGUCCUUUGACACCCGAUAUAAUCAAGAAACACCAAUGGAGAUCUGCCUCAAUGGCACCCCAGCUCUGGCCUACCUAGCGAGUGCACCCCCACCACUGUGUCCAAGUGGCCGCACCCCAGACCUGAAGGCUCUGCUCAACGUGGUGGACAGUGCCCGAAGCUUCAUCUACAUUGCGGUUAUGAACUACCUGCCCACCAUGGAGUUCUCUCAUCCACGCAGGUUCUGGCCAGCGAUCGAUGAUGGGCUGAGACGGGCUGCGUAUGAACGAGGCGUCAAAGUGCGCCUGCUCAUCAGCUGCUGGGGACACUCUGAUCCAUCGAUGCGGUCCUUCCUGCUCUCCCUGGCUGCACUUCAUGACAACCAUACUCACUCCGACAUCCAGGUGAAACUGUUUGUGGUCCCUACGGAUGAGUCCCAGGCCCGAAUCCCCUAUGCCCGUGUCAACCACAACAAGUACAUGGUGACUGAACGUGCCUCAUACAUUGGAACCUCCAACUGGUCUGGAAGCUACUUCACGGAGACAGCAGGCACCUCCCUGCUGGUGACACAGAACGGGCAUGGUGGCUUGCGCAGUCAGCUGGAGGCUGUUUUCCUGAGAGACUGGGAAUCCCCAUACAGCCACGAUCUCGACACCUCAGCCAACAGUGUGGGCAAUGCCUGCCGCCUGCUUUGAGGCUCAGCCCGACGGACAGGUCAAAGCCUUCCAGGCCUCCUUGGACUCAGCUCUGGGUCCUGGUUACUGUCCCCAUGCCCUUGCCUCUGUCUAUCCCGUGUGGCUCUGUACUCUCCACUAUACUCCUGCUGCUACCUCCACCGCCACUGGCCUGACACUCUGGCCCCUGUGGACCUAGCAGAGCUGGGGAUUGGGCCCCAAAGAAGUGGGGGUGCAUGCUGGGCCCAGACCUUUGGCCCACCCCCAAAGGGCCAAGAUUAUAAGUAAAUAAUUGUCUGUAUAGCCUGUGCUUAACUGAGUGGUAUGAGAUGGUAUGUUUGUUAGGGGGGAGGGGGUAUGGACUUCUGCUGGUGACAGCAUGCAGUGCGCACGAAGGCUGGCGUGGGCUGGGCAUGCAGUGUGUGACCGCACUGGCAAGCAUGGGCUGAGCAUGCGUAGAACCAGCAUGUUUGUACCGAGUAUGCUCCACAGAGCAGUGCGGGUAGAACCACUGCUGAAUGCCAUUUACGGCCGUUGGGGAUGGGAAUGGGAGGUGGGUGGGUGGGGGUGGGGGUGGGGGGGAAUGAGGGCGGGGCCAAGUGGCAGCUGGACUAACAUAUCUGAACACCGGAGCAUGUGCGUAUGUGAACAACA